UCUAUGUUGUUAAUAGAAUUUCACAACACCAAGAAGUGUAAUUUAGCUGGUAAAAGAUAGAAUUAUUUGAAAGAAUAUAAAUGCGAGUAGUCAACCUAAAACGGCGAGCACUCAAAUGGGAAUGCGAGAACAGACAACAAAGCCGGAAAAAAUACAGAAGACGAUGAAAUAUAGUGGUUCAGUCAGAUUUUGUUCUGCUUAGUCCACUGUAGCAAGGGAUUCGUAGGUCCAUUUUCACGGCGGAUCACCCCUUUAUAUACAAAGCAGGUGCCCAAUCGGUUACAUGAGGAUCACAUUUAUUGUUAAUCCAUUAUUUACACAUUAAAUUGUCAUAAUUAAACUCAGACAACGUUAACAUUAAUAAAUAUAUGACAGUUACUGAACUCAUCAACGUAUGCGUCCUUCGCAUCUGCGAGUUGACCGUUCGUGUUCCGUCUGUUGAGUUCGUAGGGUCGCACGUACGUUUGGAACGUCUGCGUCCUUAGGUGAUCGCUCGUUACAGACGUCGCAUGCUGAAGUUGGUAGCAUCUGGACAUGCGAACUUACAUUGGUCCGUUAGGGCUAUUGGGUCAUUGGGACCAAAACUGCAUCAUAGGGCAUUGGCCUCUAUACUAACCGCGGAGGUAUAGAGGGAGGCACUCGCACAUGUUCUGACAUAUGCGAGUUGGGUCUACCCUGUAUGAUGAGGAUUACGGUUAUGCGGUGUGAAUUAAGUCGCAUCCGCGAUACCUCGCUGGUUUUAUCCUGGGCGAGGUCUAAACUUCGAGAAGCCUCUCCUGGACAUUUCAGCCUUCACUGGAAGUCUGGAUACACGUGUCCUUCAAGGAGGGGUCUGGUCUCGAGUUUCUAGGUGAGAGAAAUCUCACUAUAACACAUGCCCCUAGUUUCGCGAUGUGACUUGAGCGGUCACUGAGGGAAACUACUGCUCGAGAGACAGGUGAAAGGUUGUCACGAGGAGGUGACCUUUUGGUUGUCCCAUCGAGGGUUUCGAAAAAUGACGGCUGUAAUGAUUAAUUUUCAUUAUCUCUAGGAUGCCACGUCACGAAACUCUUCGGUUUUCGUGUAGGCGUGGCCAUAGCUGGCCGUUAGAUUGGGCGACUUUAGGCAUUCUGGUUGCCACGUGUCACAAUCCCAAUAAAUAAGGGAUAUGGGUAUUUAAACGCUUUGAUACGAAUCAAAUAUCCCAUUUUUCCCUCCUUUCUCUUAACUUCUCCCCAGUAUAUACACCCCAGAAAAAAGAAAUCCAUUCCAACUUUUCUGUCAUUUUCCACAGCAUUUUCAUUCUCAGAAGUGAUCGAGAACAACCGCAGGAAUCGAAACUAAAGAUAGACCAGCUCGACCAACGCUUAGCGCGAAUAAGAAGGGGGUAGCUGAAAUUCUUGGGAGUCUUCCGGUACAAGAUCGCGACUGGCGAUUGCUGUGUACGACUGCCAAAUUGCGAGAACACAAACUGAUCCCCGAGAACGCGAGUCUUCAACGGGAGCCAGUAUAUAAAGAACCAUCUGAGAGACAGCAGGAGCGGAUAGAUAAACGGCUUUCCAAGCAAACUCCUCGAGAAACUUCAGGUAACUCGUCCUUUUGCUAUAACGUGAUGGGUAGAGUCGUGAUUUUUACUUAUCUGUCUUUUAUGCUUGUAGACAUGACUUUCCUGAAGUCUGCCCCUGUCCUGAAGAUCAAGCAAAAGGGUGGGACACCGGCAUCUUCACCAGUCGUCGCCCAGAAGAGGAAGAGCGAUGUGAUGACUUCGCUCGCUGCAGAUUCCUCCAAGAAGUUGGCCAAGACCACUCAGGAUAAGGGGAAGAAGGUUGUCAUUGAUUCUCCGGUUCGCCCUCGCGACUUCCUGGCCAUGCAGGAAAAAUUACUGGCCGAGAUUCCUUAUGAGGAACUUGUUUCUCGAUCUACUGAACUGGCCGUACAAUCUGUGGCUUUGUUUAUGAAAGCCGCGGCCACGCCUUCGAAGGAAACUGACUCGCUGAAGAGGCAGAACGCCCAUUUUCAGGAAAACAUAAAGAGGCUGAAGCAGGAGGUGGCCAAGAUGGAGGAACUUCACAAGGAGCUCGAGGAAGUCAACAGGGCCAAAGAACAGUUGGAGCUCGAGCUCAAGAAGUCGCAGGACACGAUCGCUGAGAUGGCUCGCGACUUGGAGGCUGAGAAAGAGAGUGGGAAAAAACAGUAUGAUCAGGCUGUGUCUGAUUACAUUUAUACUACUCUCUCCAAGGUCCCUGACUUCGACUUCUCGCUGCUUGGAGAUGAAGCUGCUGAAAUGGCUGAAGCCUUUCGCUCGAUGUCUCCUACCCGGACUCAAGGCAACCUUCCAGAUGAAAUCGAGGGACCGGCAGGCUGAGGAGGUCGAGAAUGAAGUUGUGAGCAAGAUCGUGGAUGAGGCUGCUCCUGAUGAGACUACUCCCGCUGCUUGAUUAUUUUCUAUCUUAGUUUCACUCUUUUUUUUUAUAUAUGCGGUACACGGGUACUCGCACUUUUGUACUUAAAGAAUUUUAUCUUACUUUUUGGACAAAUUUCUAUCCUCGCGGGGAUAGUAUGCAUUUUAAUAUUUACGCAGUACAUGGGUACUUGCGAUUUUAUUUUCAACUUUGAUCACAACUUGGUGUGACCGCGAUUAUAUAUAUAUAUGCGACUUUAAUUACA